UGCAUAAUCCCGCCGAGGGAGGGAGGGGGGAGCGAGCCCCUCCUCGGGCCACCCGACCCCAUGGGCUCCCCGAGUACACCCACUUAUGGGGACGGAUAAACACCCCACGGCAGAGCAACGCACCGGCUGGCCGGGGUGACUCGAGUUCGCACCACAGGUUCCUCCCAUGCGCUGCUUAUUAUCCCCGGCAGCGCUUUCAGCCUCGGCCAAGAAAGGGGGGACGCCGUGGACUUUCCGUCCAAGAUCCUGACCCUGAAUUAGUCGUGUCCGAGUGAGCGAGCGAGCGAGCGAGGGUGGGCCGGGCCGGCUAUGAGCAGGGAAGGAGAAGGCUCUGCAGACCCGUCUGGUCCCCGUCCCGGCACCCCCGAGCCCCGGCCAUGACGUUCGCCGAACUCCUGGACCGGAUCGGGGGCAUGGGCCGCUUCCAGGUGGUCCACGUGGCCUUGCUGGUGACCCCCGUCCUCCUCACCGCCAGCCACAACCUCCUGCAGAACUUCUCGGCCGCCGUGCCGGAGCAUCACUGCCGGGUCCGGCUGGUGGGCAACGGCACCGAGUGGCACUCCAACCGGACUCAGGCCACGGAGGAGGACCUCCUGUGGGCCGCCAUCCCCAAGGACGCCAGCGGGAAGCCCGAGAAGUGCCGGCGGUUUGUGCGUCCCCGGUGGCACCUCCCCAAUGCCAGUGCGGACGGCGGGAACGGGACCGAGUGGGAGACCGAGCCCUGCCACGACGGGUGGGUCUACGACCAAAGCGUCUUCACCAACACCAUCAUCAUGGAGUGGGACCUGGUGUGCAACCUGCGGACCCGGCGCCAGGCGGCCCAGUCCAUCUACAUGGGGGGAGUGCUGGUGGGGGCCCUCGUCUUUGGGAGCCUCGCCGACAGGUUUGGGCGCAAGGCGGUCCUGAGCUGGUCCUAUCUGCAGAUGGCCGUCUCGGGGGUCUGCACGGCCUUCUCUCCGACCCUCACGGCGUAUUGUGUCUUCCGCUUCCUGGUCGGGAUGGCUCUCUCGGGCAUCGUCCUCAACUGCAUGUCCCUCGUCCUGGAGUGGGUUCCCACCCAUGUCCGGACGGUGGCGGGGACGGUGGUGGGCUACAGCGCGACCUUUGGGCAGAUCCUCCUUCCGGGCCUGGCCUAUGCGCUGCCCGACUGGCGAUGGCUCCAGCUGGCCGCCUCCAUGCCCUUCUUCGCCUUCUUCCUCUAUUCAUGGUGGUUUGCGGAAUCCGCCCGCUGGCUGGUCCUCUCCGGGAAACUGGACGAAGCCGUCCGUGUGCUGAAGAAGGUGGCCCAGUUCAACGGGAAGAAGGACGAAGGGGAGAAACUCACCACAGAGGUCCUGAAGUCCAGCAUGCAGAAGGAGCUGGCCUUGGCCCAAACCUCGUACUCCGUGGCCAGCCUGGUCCAGACCCGCACCGUGCGCCGGAUCUCCUGCUGCAUCUCCAGCGUCUGGUUUGCGACGAGUUUUGCCUACUACGGCCUGGCCAUGGACCUCCAGAACUUUGGCUUCAGCAUCUACCUGAUCCAGGUGGCCUUUGGCUCCAUCGACAUCCCGGCCAAGCUCGGCGCGGCCAUCGGCAUGAGCUACGUCGGCCGGAGGACCACCCAGGCCUCCUCGGUCAUCCUGGCCGGAGUGGCCAUCCUGGCCAACAUCUUCGUGCCCCAAGAUCUUCAAGGGUUGAGGACCUCGUUGGCCGUGCUUGGGAAAGGAUGCCUGGCCUCCUCCUUCAACUGUCUCUACCUCUACACCGGGGAGCUCUACCCAACGGUGAUCCGACAGACCGGGAUGGGGCUGGGCAGCACGCUGGCCCGCGUGGGGGGCAUAGUGGCCCCAAUGGUCAAAAUGACGGGGGAAUAUUUCCCGUACCUCCCGCCACUCAUAUACGGGACGGCCCCAAUCCUGUCUGGGAUCGCCGCCGCCUUCCUCCCGGAGACGCUCAACGUGCCGCUCCCGGACACCAUCGAAGAAGUCGAGAGCGGAAGGCCACCCGCUCAGCCGCAGGGCCGAGAACAGGUUCUGCUCCAGAAGAUGGACCAAGGCCACACCUGAGAAGACGGACUCUGUUAAAUUGGGGGUCAUGGGCCAGAGACCCCCCACGGCCUCACCUGUCUGCGUUUCCCUUUUGAGCCUGGGAUGGAAACUGACCCAAUAAAGGCCAUUCAAACAUU